ACAGAAGGAACAGGUGAACAUAGCUGAGAAGAAAGAACCACAAAACACCUUAGAUCUCUCCAAAGAUGCUGCAGAUAUGACUAUGGACAAAUCUGCUAGUGUCAAAAAUGAAGAUAAACCUCCUGAGAUGACAGAGGUCAGAACACUACAGCUUACAGCGCUGCAGAACACUCCGUUUAAAGAAAUAAUGAAUUUAGUAGAUUCAGAUGCUCACCAAGAGACACAAGAUGAGAGAGUUGUCCAGGUUCCAGAGGGACUUUCCAAUUUGAAAGCUUUCUGGGAGAAAGAAAACAGCGGCCCCAAAAUAAUAUUUACCAGAGAGCAGGUGAGGCAUGAAGACAUCAUCAAGACAGGAAUAGAAGCUUCACAUGGCCCUCAAAAUGUUCAGACUAACUCGGAUGUGAAGAGCAGAGGCAACAACCUUUCACCUCAGAUGGAAAUGACCGUUGAGAAUUCUGCGUCCAGUUCCUCUGCACUGACUGAAUGCAGCAUCCUGGGAGAUUUAUCAAAAGAAGAUGGUACAUACAGAGCUAAUCCAGUCCUCAUCUAUGAGGAGACAGAUGAUUCUUUAACAGGUUCAAUAACAGAGUCACUGAUUCUUGAACCACAGGAAAACACUCCUGUACCUUCUCUAACUUGCAACCGCCAAAAGCAAGACAGGGACAUACCAGUUCCCCUUCCUAGGCAGUCCACUUCCAGUCCUCAGGAAGAAGAGCCAGCCAACAUCAGUGAGCUUAAGCAUUUCUGGGAGAAGGAGUAUACAGGACCUAGGGUAAUUGCUGCAAGAGUUAAGGAAACCUCAAGUAGUUCAAUACUCAGUAACAAAAUGGUUCCUCCUCAGUCUGACCUGUCCUUAGAUAGCAGAGAGAAGUCUGAGGAAGAGGCACAAACAUCUUCAUACACAUCCAAGUCCAAUGUAUCCAAACCAUUGAAAGUGAAGGAUAAGGGUUUUGUCAGUCAGAGUCCAGAGAGAUCACAGCUGAGGAGUUCUGGUAGAGCUGAGGAUGUACAGUCAAGAGAUCACCAAGUCAUGGCUGAGUCUCAAGAAAGGCCCCUCAGUCCUACCAAAUCCCAAACUCCAAGAUCCAAAGAGCAAGAGGAUGAAGUCAGGAGGAGUCCAUCAAAAACCUGCCACCCAAGAGUCUUACCAAGAGAAUCCUCAAGUCCCCAGAGAUCCAGGCUGGAAGGUUCCCCCUUGAAAACGUUUCCGAUAGACAUUAACCCCCAAAUUAAGGUCGUUGAGGAACAACUAGGAAAGCCAACACCAGUUCCAAGACAGAGGAAGUGUCCCUCACAUGAAGUGAAGCAGACAGACACUAAAACUAGCACAGAGCUCACCUCUCAUCGUCUACCUUUAGAUCCAGAGGACAAGGUUCAUUAUAAUUCAACAACACACAACAUACAACAAAGUAGUUCAGGCUCCUCCACAGCUCCACAAUCCAAAAAAGCUUCAGAGAAGAAGUUGGGAACCUUAACACGUCUUGCCAGAUCUAUCAUCCCUCAGGAUUUUCAGCACUACCUCGGCCCCCACGAGAACGCCCACGUCCCCUCUUUUCACAAAGCUGCUCAAGAGUCCCCUACAGCUGCAGAGACUGAUGGAGUGCAGAGGCCACAGAGUGCUCUCAGAGACCAUGUGGGAAACCAGAGUGACGCUCCCACAGAGGGGAGACCGUCUAGAACCAGUUCUUGGAUUGUGCAAAGUACAGACGGAAACUUCAGCCAAGACACAGUGCCCGCGGCCUGGUUUCUGUCUGGGGCAAGUUCAGGCAGUUAUGAUGAUAAUUCCAUGACAGCUCAGAAACGAUUAUCUUCAAGGACUACAUCAUCCAAAAGUCUGGAAAACCUCACCUCACAAACAAGAGAAGAGAGCAGCAUCACCUUCAGAGAACAAAUGAAUCUAAGUGUGGAUGAUGUUGCUUCACAUCCACCCUCAGUCUCUUCACUCUCCACCUCAAAGCAGAUGAACAACAGCGUUUCGGGUCCAGUUUUCCAGCAGGAUGAGACGGACAGUGACAGCUCUCCGUUACGCUGGAGAAGAAACACAGGCAGCUCCAUGUCUAACUUGAGUCUCUCCUCUGGGAUGGCCUCCAUGUCGUCUGUCAGCGGCAGCAUGAGCAGCAUUUACCACGCAGACUGUGGUGACAUUGAAAUCCAGGGAACCGUCCAGUUUGCUAUGAACUACAUCCAGAAGCUUGGAGAGUUUCACAUCUUCGUGGUGCACUGCAGGGAUCUGGCUGUAGCCGACACCAAGAAGAGCCGCUCUGACCCGUAUGUGAAAUGUUACCUUCUUCCUGACAAAACCAAGUUAGGAAAGAAAAAGUCCUCUGUGAAAAAGAAGACCGUAAACCCCACCUACAAUGAAAUCCUCAGGUUUAAACUCAUAAUGGAGGUGUUGAAAACUCAGAGUUUGAACAUCUCUGUGUGGCACAAUGACACUUUUGGGCGGAACAGCUUCCUGGGCGAGGUGAACCUGGAUCUGUCAGAGUGGGACUUCAACAACACACAGAUCAAUGAAUAUGCAUUAAAAGCUCGGGUGUCAGCACAGACCUCAAGACCUGCUCCUGCCUCUCUGAUAACCAGCAGAGGACAGAUGAGAGUAGCCCUGAGAUUCCUCCCACAGACGUCUCACAGCAAGAGAACAUCUAGGAUGGAGACUGGUGAGGUGCAGAUUUGGGUGAAAGACUGUAAGAAUCUUCCACCAGUCAGAGGAGUGAUCAUUGACCCGUUUGUUAAAUGCACUGUACUUCCUGACACGAGCCGGAAAAGCAAACAGAAGACACGGGUGGUGAAGAGAACGGCCAACCCCAUGUUCAACCACACCAUGGUGUACGAUGGCUUCCGGCCGGAGGACCUCAGAGAGGCCUGUGUGGAGAUCACGGUGUGGGAUCACGACAGGCUGAACAACCAUUACAUCGGUGGUCUUAGACUUGGGUUAGGGACAGGGAAAAGUUAUGGGAUGGAAGUGGAUUGGAUGGAUUCGACGACAAAUGAAGCAAAUUUAUGGCAGAAGAUGUUGCAGUCUGAUGGUGAAUGGGUGGAGGAUGUUUUACCUCUGAGAAUGUUUGUGAUGGCAAAAAGCAUUUCAAAGUGAGACUGUAUAAAAUGUAUGGAUAAACAUUAUGAGAGAUCAACAUACUAUACACUACAAUACCAAUGCCUGAAUGAGCAAUGUGUAUGUAUAACUAAUAAUCACUGUGUAAGUUACUCACUCAACCUACUUUAGUGUGUAUAGUCCAAACUACUUAAUUAUUUAUAAAAAUGAUACAAACUAAGACAUAAGAUCAAAUCUUAAUUUAUAAAACAUACAAAUGGUUGUGAUCUGAGAA